UUGCUCAGAGAAACAAUGAGAACCCAGAAAGAGGAAAUUAUACGAGGAAACACAGAGAUCAUGGAAAGACUGCCAUUCACACUCCGGCUGCAGGUAUUCGGCUCUCAGGGCCAGGGGCCGCGUGUGUCCAGCUCCACCCGCUGGGACAGCUCCUGCCCUGGGUGGGACAGGAGCCCCUGGAACAUCAUGAUCAAGCACCGGCAGGUGCAGCGGCGCGGGCGGCGCUCCCAGAUGACCACCAGCUUCACGGACCCGAGCGUGUCCAUGGACCUGCUGCGCGCCGUGCUGCAGCCCAGCAUCAACGAGGAGAUCCAGGGCAUCUUCAACAAGUACAUGAAGUUUUUCCAGACAGCAGCCAUCAAUGUGCGUGAUAACGUUGGGGAGGAGGUGGACCCAGAGCAGCUCAUCCAGGAGACCUGUAGGAGCUGCCUGGAGCAGGCCAAACUGUUGUUCUCCGAUGGCAAAAAGGUGGUUCCCAGGUUGCCCCAUGAGCAGGCAGUGCCAAAGCGUGCCCGACAGAUGGAUGAGGAGUUGAGCCGCCGAGGGAGCCCCAUUCCAAAAAAGAGGAAGGGGCGGCCUCCAGGACAGAGCCUGUCAAAUGACCGUGGAGUCUCAGGCAUGGCAGCGUGGAAGCUCAAAGUCUCUGAGCCUGUGAAAAGGGAUGGACCAAAGUGGGAUCCAUCCCGACUGACUGAAACCACAACCUUUGUGCUGGGAUCUCGAGCAAACAAAGCUCUCGGGAUGGGAGGAACAAGAGGGCGACUCUACAUCAAGCAUCCCCACCUCUUUAAGUACGCGGCCGACCCGCAGGAUAAGCACUGGCUGACAGAGCAGCAGCACAUGAGGGCCAUUGGGGGCAAGAUGGCCUACCUCCUCAUCGAAGAGGACAUUCGGGAUUUGGCCGCCAGUGAGGAUUACAGGGACUCUGUUGAUCUGCGGCUGGAAGAGCUGAAGCCUUUCAUCCCACCAGCCUGGAUGACUGAGAAGAUGCAGAAGCACAUGGAGACGCUUCGCCGCGGGGGGGAGGUGCCGCCCCCCGAGGACCCCCCUGAACCUUGAUGUCCCCCAAUAAAGCCGCUUCGUUCGCA